AUGAGUCCAGUGGCUUCUGGAAGUUUCGGAACCAGGAAGUUGUACUUCCUCCGAGUUCAGAGAUUUUGUCAAGUUCUUCGGGCUUCCACCUCCGAUGGAAUCACCCAACCAGUAUUGGGUCUGAAUACGGGCUCAGCUCUCGCACCAGAGAACUUUCGGUACAUUUCAUCGAUCAGGAUGCGCAUACUUUGUGCAAUGUGGCAUCUGCUGUCUAAGCACAGGUUCCGAGAGGCUGCCAAGUUGUUGGCGCACACAAUACACGAAUACCCUUUUCCAGCGUCUUGGAUAUGGCGCGUUGCUUUUCAGCUUUUUCGUUGUAUGGACGCAACCAAACAAUUCAUCGAAUUCAACAGGGUACUUGAUCAAUCUCGGUUGAGUGAUCAAAAUAAUCGCAUUUUGGAGCAAAUUCUUCAUCACAUGGCGCGCGGUGAUUUCUUGACAGCCUGCAAGUGUCUUUCGAACAAAACAGCUUCAAUAGAUCGAUACACCUCCUCCGAGUCUAUCAUCACGCGUGAACCCGAAUUUGAGCACGUUCAGAGAUUGCAGCACCUUUACGAAGGUUUAUGUUAUUAUGGAUUGUGGCUGCAGAGGUUGCACUCAUCACGGGAUCACGCUAAUACCGUUGUGAGUUGGGUACAUUCGAGCUGGUUUGGGACCUGUGACCUUGCUCCAUUUUUCACAGAGCGAUUUCCGAAGUAUCAGUAA